AUUGUGCUUAUAGUGGUGCACAUCUGGGCCAACGUUUUGCUCCCUGAAUGUAAGGUUUUGAUAAUUGCGUAAUACUUUCGAAGCAAAAGGCAAAAACUGUAAGUAGUUUGACAUAAGAAUUUACGCGGUUCCCGUGAACGCAGCAGUGGACCGACUCGAUCAGCGACUAGUUACCGAGAAGUCCUGGCUCCUGAUAGCAGACACGCCCACACUUUAUCGGUAUGUUGACUCAACUAGUGAUGAGCUCACUUACCAGACUUCUAGACUACACAAAUGGGGACUCAGGGCGCCUCCCGUAGCGAAGACUGUGCUUUCUGCCAAAUAGCGAACAACCAGACUGAUGCAGAAAUCCUGCUAAGUGACGGUGAGCUGCUUUGUUUUCGUGACAUAAAACCUAGCGCCACACAUCAUUACCUCGUUGUUCCCAGGGCGCAUAUCAACAACUGCAAAACUCUUCAGGGGAACGACGUCCCUCUAGUGGAGCGGAUGGAAAAAAUGGGAAGGAGUAUACUAGAGAAGAAUAAAGUCAGCAACCUGAAUGAUGUUAGGAUGGGGUUUCAUGUGCCUCCAUUCUCAUCCGUUCCCCACCUCCACCUCCACGCUCUGGCUCCAGCCAGUACCAUGAACUUCAAGGCGCAGCUUCGCUACGGGCCGCAGUCUCACUGGUUCAUCCCAGUUGACAAAGUUCUUUCUCAGUUGAAGACUCGCGGCAAGGUCAAAUGAAGAGAUACAAGAGCCUGAAGGUGCAACAGUCUAUUUUUAUGUUUAGGUUAUUCAUUGCCAUCCCGCUUCACUGGGUGUAAUUUUUAAUCCGUUCUCUGUCUGACUCGACAUUUUUGUGCCAGUGAGUUAUGAUGUACAGUAUAUUCCUCCAUGCUGCUUGGUGGUUCAGUUGUGAAGAAAAGUGGAAUGAAAAAGGCAAUUUUUCUUUUAAGGUGGAAGCUAAA